CACCGAUAAUAAUGCCAGCAUGGAAAUCCAAUCGAGAAUCACUCUUGCCAACAAGUGCUACUUAGGACUGAGUAAGCAGUUCAGUAGCGCGUUUCUGUAAGAAAUCGACAAAAUUCUCGAUUAUAGUGACGUCAUAUCGAUUCGAUCCAAGUUUGUCGAUUGGCGGGGAAAAAGUGUUUCCGCAAGCAUUAAUCGACAAAAUGUGGAACAGUGAGAGAAAUGAUAUGCCAAUCGACAAGGAAUGUGUGAAAUCGAAUUGAAAAUUAUUUGUCAAAACAUUUUGAAAAUUUCAACUAUGAGUUUGUUGGUAGCUACACUCGCGAUACAACAAGACCGCAGAAAUAUGCUGCGAAUGCGACGGCGGCGUUUGAGGGACUCCACAGAUCCAUUCAGCAUUCCAGAGGCGCGCUUUAUAGAGUUGUUUCGCUUCAGCAGGGCAACAGUCAGAAAACUUCUUGUAGAAAUGGAGCCUUUAAUGGAUACAGCAGUAAGGAAUACGUUCAUUCCAAACUCCAUUAGACUGUGUGUAGCACUCCACUAUUAUGCUACAGGAUCGUACCUUAGAGACGUCGGUCAGGAUUUCGUUUGCGCCGUAAGUAAGGCCAUGGUAAGCCGCAUACUACAUCAAGUCACAAAAAUUUUGCAAAACUACUUGGCGCAACGAUAUAUUAUAUUCCCAACAACAUUAGAGCAGCAGAAUAUAGUAAAAAAACGAUUUCCCGGCGUCUUAGGAGCGAUUGAUUGCACUCACGUCAAAAUUAAGAAGCCAUCAAGUGAUGUAGAAUACUGCUACAUUAAUCGGAAAGGAUACUUUUCCAAGAAUGUGCAAUUGGUGUGCGAUUUCGAUUUAAAUAUCCUGGGGUGCUUCGCAAGGUAUGGGGGAAGUACGCACGACGCUUAUAUUUGGGAAAGCAGUAAAAUAAAAUCCCAUAUACUAAAAGCAUACACUGCAAAUGACUCUACUGGAUGGUUCCUUGGAGAUUCAACAUUUUACGCUCGCACACGUGUGCUGUGCAUAUAAAAAAUUAAAA